UCUUGCAAUCCUCAUCAGAGUGUGCCGAGCAUUUGGUGUGGAAAAGAAACGGUUUUAUAUAAUCAGUCACCCAUUUGGAAGUAUCACGAGCGGUUCCAGUUGGCUGCAGUUCUGCAUUUUCUAUAUUUUCGAAAAAAUAAAACAAAACAAAAAUGGAUAAAUUGAUCGAGGAGGAAGCCUCUCCGUCAUCAUCGGAGCAUGGAACUCCUUCGCCAGCGUCAAGGUCUGGGCGAUCAACGCCAUCCUAUGAAUUCCAGAUGGAUAAACUGCUGGAGGAUGUAGACUCAACGGAUUCUGAGCUGCCGGAAUGGGAAUCAUUCCCGACGUUGCCCCUAUAUGACAUGAACUUUGACAAAUUUCCGUUUUGCAAGCCGUGUCCCUUUGCCAACGAUGUUCAGGCCUUGGAUGAGCUGAAUGGCUGUGAUUAUACUCAACGGAUCAGCUACGAGAUGGCCCAUUCCGGGCAGUCGAAGCGUCGGGUGCGCGUCUAUGCCGAUGGCAUCUAUGAUCUGUUCCAUCAGGGCCAUGCCAGGCAGCUGAUGCAGGCCAAGAAUAUAUUUCCGAAUGUCUAUCUGAUUGUUGGAGUGUGCAACGAUGAGCUGACACUGAAAAUGAAGGGUCGCACAGUGAUGAAUGGCUUUGAGCGCUACGAGGCAGUCCGUCAUUGUCGUUAUGUGGAUGAGGUGGUUCCGAAUGCUCCCUGGACACUUACCGAUGAUUUUCUGACUGAGCACAAAAUUGAUUUUGUGGCCCACGAUGACAUUCCAUACGGCGCUGGGGGCGUUAAUGAUAUAUAUGCUCCGCUGAAGGCACGCGGCAUGUUUGUGGCCACCGAACGCACUGAGGGUGUGUCCACAUCGGACGUUGUGGCUCGCAUCGUAAAGGACUACGAUGUCUAUGUCCGUCGCAAUCUGGCCCGCGGCUACUCCGCCAAGGAGCUGAACGUUUCAUUUCUCUCCGAAAAGAAGUUCCGUCUGCAGAAUAAAAUGGACGAACUGAAGGAUCGCGGCAAGAGGGUGAAGGUCGACAUCAUUGCCAAAUGGGAAGAGAAGUCGCGCGAGUUUAUCGACGCAUUUCUACAGGCCUUUGGACGCGAUCGUCUGCACUCGUUCUGGAACGAGUCGAAGGGCAAAAUAAUGAGCGCUUGGAGUUCGACAGCAUCGAUUAAUGGCGACGAUCCAUCGGCAAUGCAUUCCCCGGACGGCAGCGAUUCCAACGAUGAGUAUGAAGAGUCCCAUUCGGUAGCCCGGAGUGACAGUGGCAUUGAUUCUCGAAGGCAUGGCUCUGGUGCGGCCGAUCUCGGAAAUCUGAACCGUUCCAGCAGCUUCCCCGUGGUGGACCUGGGUUCCACGAGAGCCCCACCACAGGAAUUCGAUUUGGUUAAGCCUAAAAUUGUUUCAAAAUAAUGUUGGACGACAGACGACCUGCUGUGGUGGCCCCUUCUCUUUUUUAUGAUUAAGCGUCUUUCAACCGUGUAUUUUUAUACACUGAAUUCCUAGUACGAGUAUGCUUGCUGCUUUUAUUGGAUUAACUUGAUAUAGUUAUGCAUAUGUGUAUUAUGGAUAAAAUGUUGGUUAAAUUAUAGUUCAAAUAUCCAUCGUUGAUUUGAAAUAACUUUGAAGUAUUCAUAAAAAAAAAAAAACGUA